CUGGAGGGUGAGGAAUAGGGUGGGAGAGGCUUGGGAAGGCUGGGUGAAAAGGCCACAGAAUCACAGAAUCAUUUAGGUUGGAAAAGACCUGUAAGAUCAUCAAGUCCUUUAACCCAGCACUGCCAAGCCCACCACUAACCCAUGUCCCUAAGCGCCGCAUCUGUGUUUUUGGGAAAGGAGCUCAGCUGGCAGAUGAAGCUGGAGGGAGGAGAGGGAUUGAGAAGGAAGGUGGGGUGGGCUGGGAAGUGGGGCAUUAGGUUGGGGAACCUGGACUGAGGGUUUAGGAAGGGAGAGGGAAGUGGGGCUUUGAAGGCAGCAGCAGGUGGAGUAGGGAGUAAGGGGGAGGUUUAACAGGAGAAGCAUUAAGGGGAUUGGGAAAGGAACAUGUGACACAUGAACACAGGGAAUGAUUAAUGUGUUAUUAGGGAGAAAAACUUGGGAUGGUGUUGAAAAGCACUGGCAAAGGAAGAAGUGAAAUGGGAGGCUCAAAAGGGAGCAGGGUUAUUGGGGGAUAGGGCUGGGGGGGUGGGGAAUUGAAUGAGGGACCAUGAGAAUCACAGUGGGAACCUGUACUGGGCAAUAAAGUGAAGGAUGUGGUGGGCUGGGGGGCAGUGGAGUGGAACAGGGAGCUUGAGGUGGAGGGGAAGCGCAGUGUAAGGCUUGUGAAGCGGUAGGAAGAAGGUGAGCUGGAGAAAGGGAGUGAGUCUCGGGGUGUGAAGUGGUAGAAAAUUGGUAGCGGAAGUGCCAGGGACAUGAUGUAGUUACUGAAUAAUUGGUAUAUUUGUGCGGGGGGAGAGCAGGGGUGAAAGAUUUUAGUGCCAAACAGGCACUUCUGGCUAGCUUUAUUUCUUUAGAAGUCAAUUCUGGUAAAAGUAAGUUCAGCUGUUACCCAGGAGGUCUCAUCCUCCCUUUUCUGUGCUGCUUACAGAACGUGUCUACAAAGCUCUUUUUCUUUCUCACUAAACUUCAUCUGUUGUUGACAAAUCAAUGUUACUUCCUGGGUGGUCGUAUCCUACUGUGCAGUCAGGAUUGUACUUGAUAAUGUCUGAAAGUUACCAUGGAUAUAGGCUUUCUCUUAAAACCCCGUUUUACCUGUCAGUCCUCAUGCAGCUGCACCGUACACCAAUGCACGUACAGCUGAAAUUGAUACCGGUUGGAAGUAUUUGCAGUUGAUCGUUGGCCGAAGUGAGGGAUGGCUGCGGAAUCCAAGUACAACAUUGUUCGAGAAGUGGGCCGAGGGACCUAUGGCGUGGUUUAUGAGGCCAUUGUUAAUCAAACUAGAAACAAAGUAGCUGUAAAAAGAAUGCGUUGUAGUGUGCCUGAAAAUGUAGAACUGGCUCUCCAAGAGUUCUGGGCCCUGCAGAGCAUCCAGAGGAAACAUGAAAAUGUGAUCCAGUUGGAGGAGUGUAUCCUGCAGAGCGGCCAGAUCUUUCAGCCAGUUAGUCAUUGUUCCAAGAAAUCAGACAGCCAUUUGCUGCUAAUUGAGACCUGCUUGAAAGGGCGGAGGUGCGUGGAUCCCAGAUUGCCCUGCUUUCUGUGGUUUGUGAUGGAGUUAUGUGACGGUGGCAACAUGAACGAAUACCUGCUGUCUCGCAGCCCAGAUGCUCAGCUGAACAACAGCUUCAUGCGGCAGCUCAGCAGUGCCAUAGCUUUCCUGCACAGAAACCAGAUAGUGCAUAGAGACCUGAAAUCUGACAAUAUUUUGAUUUCUCAUAGACAUGGAAGUCCUAUGGUAAAGGUAGCAGAUUUUGGCCUCAGCAAGGUGUGUCAGGGGAAGGGGAAUGUGAACCAGCAUUGCUUCUCCUCUGCGUGUGGGUCAAACUUCUACAUGGCUCCAGAAGUAUGGGAAGGUCACUACACUGCAAAGGCUGAUAUAUUUGCCCUUGGGAUCAUUUUCUGGGCUAUGGUCGAAAGGAUCACCUUCCGAGAUGUGGAUACUGAGAAGGAAUUGCUUGGAACUUAUAUCUGCCAAGGCAAGAAGCUUAUUCCCCUUGGAGAAGCAUUGCUGGAGAAUCCCAACAUGAAAUUACGAAUUCCCCUGAAGAACAACAAGUCCAUGCCAGAUGAUCUCUGCGAGCUCCUGCAUGAUAUGCUGGCUUUUAACCCGAAGAAAAGAUUGGAUGCCUUCCAACUAGAAGUCCGAAUCGGGCAAAUCUCCUAUGGCAAAAAGCGUCAACGCUCUGCCUCGUAGGGAUGAAGGACGUUCAGGUAUUGUGUCCCACUGGAGGCCUCUGAGAUGGCAAGCAACUCUGCCUUCCUUUGGAAUGAGAGGGUUGAUCAGAAGACCAAUGCUGCCUUCCAGUUUUCCCCGAACAGUUAUAUUUAAAUGGACUAUAACUUUAUUUAUUUGUACAGUAAUUUUAAAAUUUUAAGAGGAGAACUACCAAAAAGUCUAUUUUUAUGCAAGCCAUCGGUGGUUUUAUAUUUAUGUUCUUUUAUGCAGCGAGUAGUGUAGGUGAAAACUUGGUUGAGGUGACCUUGACUGCCUGGCCAUACUCUGCACAGUUGUAGUUGUUUCUGAACUUGCUCUCUUUAAAGCAACCCUUGUGCAUCCUUUUGUUGCCGUCCUGUGACUGCCCGUUUGAAGGACAGCAAAGAAACAUGAAGGAGCAGUCUGGAAGACAGGCUUUUCUGCCCCAUUGCAUGUUGACUGCCUUUCCAGCCCUGGCUUCUCACUGAUAAUGACAUGUCCCAUGUUCUUGGUUCAGAAGUUGUCUUUAGAAAGUUUAAUUGGUGCUUUUUUAAAUGUAAUUCCUCACUCCGUUCUGCUUGGCCACGUAACUGAGUGAUGCCUGCUGAAUGAGCUGGCAAAGUGUUCAGUGUCUAUUCUGAAAAGUUUGAGCAGAAACAAAAAUGUAUUUUCUUCACAGUAGCUUUUGAAUAUUCUUGCUUAGAUUAACUAAAACGCUUUCUUAAAAUAAAUACAAAGAAUGUUAAAGA